AUGACUGCUUCCUUAGAGAGGUCUCUUAAAAAUUGUUCCUUAAACCACCAGACAAGCUGCAUGGAAGACGACCCAGCCAGUACUAAUGCAGAUGUAGAUGCAGAUGUAGGCAUAGGAAUCUCAUCCAGCUCGGAUGAUGUGUCGGUGUCGCCAGAUAAUCAUAUCUCCAUCUCUGACGCCACUUUAGAGCUCAACUCCCACAUCUCACUCCCGCACCAUUGGGAACAAUGCCUAGAUUUAAAGACGAGGGAAAUUUGUUAGAUAAACUGAAAGAACGGGAUGAAAGCAAAGGAGGAUCCAAGAAGGACAGCAGAAUAUAAUGUGAAUAAUAGGUAUUAUAAGUUUGAAGAGGAGAGCUGGUAUGACAGCGAAGAGUCUUCAUCGGAAUCAUGUCCUUAUUUAUCCAAAGAGCACUAUGCCUCUCUUCCUUGUGUAGAGAAACAAAAUGUUCUGGUGGGGGCUGGAUGCAAGAGCUGUCUCAUGUAUUUCAUGUUGCCCAAACAGGUUGAAGACUGUCCAAAAUGUAAUGGUCAACUCCUCCACUUCAAUCGAUCUGAAAAUGGCUCUCCAUGUUAAAUUGCC